AUGAGUGGUGUACUUGGGACUCAAGCCUAUAUCCGAUAUUUUGAUAAUCCAGUCUCGUACCGACAGGGUGGCAUCACCGCGUCAAUGCCCGCUGGUUCGUUGGUCGGGUCAUUGCUCAGCUCGUUCAUUGCCGAUAAGUACUCGCGAAAGGUGGCUCUUCAGGUCUCUUGUGUCCUCUGGAUCAUUGGUGCCAUUAUCCAAUGCGCAGCUCAGAAUGUCGGAAUGCUUUGCGCUGGAAGAGUCAUAGCCGGGCUCUGUGUCGGCAUUGCCUCGUCGAUUGUCCCCGUCUAUCAAUCCGAAAUUGCGCCCAAGGAGAUUCGCGGUCGCAUCGUCUCCCUCCAGCAGUGGGCCAUUACCUGGGGAAUCCUCAUUCAGUACUUUAUUCAAUAUGGCGCUGCACAGGUUGGAGGUGGUCCAAACGACCCCAACCAGCCCGAAUCCGCCUUUCGUAUUCCUUGGGGCAUUCAAAUGAUUCCAGCAUUUAUUUUGCUCAUUGGUCUCUUCUUUUUCCCGUAUAGCCCACGUUGGCUGGCAUCUCAGGAUCGCUGGGAAGAGGCCAUCAAGGUCCUUGCAAGUCUGCACGGCGGUGGCGAUGUCAACCACCCCAAGGUACUGGCUGAAUAUCAGGAGAUUGAGGAUGCCCUUCGCUUUGAGCGUGAGGAAGCUCUUUCGAGUUUCAAGGCUCUUACACAGCCUCGAAUAUUUAAGCGAGUCUUGCUGGGCAUGUCGAUUCAAAUGUGGUCGCAGCUUUGUGGAAUGAACAUUAUGAUGUACUACAUUGUCUACAUCAUGAAGGGCGCCGACAUUGGUGACGAGCUCUUGACGUCUGCUAUCCAGUACAUCAUCAAUGUCGUCAUGACCUUGCCGGCGAUUCUCUACCUUGACAAGAUUGGUAGACGACCGGCUCUCAUCUUUGGCGCCUUUUUCAUGAUGAUCUGGCUCUUCAUCUCAGGCUCUUUGCAAGCAGUGUAUGGAAAACCAAAUGACUUUACCGACCCCAACCUAAAUCAAAUCACCUGGGUCGUCCAGGGCAACCGGUCUGCAUCCUCUGCCAUUGUAGCUUGCUCCUAUCUCUUUGUUGCAACAUUUGCUACAACCUGGGGGCCUACAUCUUGGACCUAUCCUGCCGAAAUUUUCCCCAGCAAGGUUCGAGCAAAGGCAGUGUCGCUGUCUACCGCCGCAAAUUGGUUCUGGAACAUGAUUUUGGCUUUCGGCGUUCCACCCCUCUUGUGGAAUAUCAACUGGAAAAUGUACAUGAUCUUUGCCACCUUUAAUGGGCUGUCCUUUAUCCACAUGACGCUGCUCGCUCCGGAAACGCGCGGCUUUACGCUCGAAGAGAUGGAUGACGUUUUCGAUUCUGGUCGUCCAGCGUGGAAGAGUUACAAAAAGGAGAGUCGUCUCGACAAAUUGCAAAAGGAGAUUGAGGACGGCAAGCUCAAGAUUGAUGCUCCAUUUGGACACAAGCAGACUCCUACAACUGUUGAGAAUGUCGCUGCGACUGAAGAAAAGACGGUCUAG